UCUUCCCAGGGCCGAGAGAGAGGGACCAGCCCAAGGUCCCCCAGCUGGCUUCAUGCCCAAGAUGGGUCUAGAACUCAUGAACUCCCGGUUUCUAGCCUGAUGCUUUCACCACUACACCAAACUGCCAUCUGCUGGGGCCAAGAAAAAGACUAAAAUUGAACUCCUAGUAAUUACAUUGGUGCCUCCAUGCAGUUUGCCUACUAACAACACAGAAGCAGUUUAUCAUUGCCUUCUUCUAGAAUGUUAUUUAACUUCCUAGCCUAAAUUAAAGUCUUAGAAUUUUCUGAUAAUCUCUGGUCGAAGUACAAAUCGGGUCCAACUUGUUUAGCUUUUAUUGAGAUCAGCCAAGGCAGACUUUGCUAAUUUUCUCCUUGCAAAUUGUGAAUAUUACACUGGGGACCGACGAAUACUGUGUGAGCUGCUCUGAGAUACCACUUGAAUUAGUAGUUUGUUCCCUUCAGACUACGUCUCCGCAGUACAAGUAUAUAAGGUUUCAAAAAUAGGGAAAUGCAAAAAAAAAACCAGGCAAAGAGGCAGAGGAAUAGACUUCAAAUGGGGGAUAUUUAAAGGAUGGCAUUAGGACAAUUAUUUGGGGGUCUUGAGCAGGUUUAGGAUGAGCACAUGUGACAGAGAAAAAUUCCUGUAGAGAAUUCCAAAUGCAUCUGACAGAGUUUACUGUUUCUUAGUAUAACAAUAUGCUGCAGCGAUUAAGUUGUUUCCCUGGAACUAGGGAAAGCCAGGUUCUGGCCUACACUCAGCCAAGGAAGUUCUCCAAGUAAUUUUGGGGUAGUCAUUUACUCAGCCCACUCUAUUUCAGAGGGUUGCUGUUGUGAGGAUAAAACAAAGACCUCCAUCUAAGCUACUUUGACUAAAGAAAUGGUGGAAUAUAAAUCUAAUGAAAUAGUAAUUAGUAGGCAUGUGUAGAAUAGUACUUUGUGCUGAAAAAUUUCUAGUCAGGUAACAUAACUUGAAUUGUUUUGACUUUUCAUUAAGAAUCAUGUUACUGACCUCACAUUCUUGUAAUCUUUCUUUUUUUUUAGGUACAAUGGAAUAGGAAUCUUUACAAAGUUACAUCUUGUAUUGGAAAGUGUCAGUUCCUGAAAAACCAAUUCAAAUCCUGCUGAUCUGAAUAUAUAAAGAAUUUCCAGAUAUAUAAUAAUUGCUGACAAUGGGGACUUACUUUCACUUCCUCCAAAAGAUGUAUAAUGAUAUACUUGCUGAUGCCCUGCUAGCCAAAGAUAGUUACAGUUGUGCAACUCUUCUAAAUCCUUCGGUUUUUUCAUCAGCAAAAAAUCAUGAAUUAUCUGCAUGUAAUUUUUCUGCUGAGUUGGAUGCUCAGAUCUCUUCUGGUCUAGACCCAAUAAAUGACUCACAGGAAGUUUCUAAAAACUUUAGCCAUCUGAAAUGCCAUGCACACGAAAUUAUGCUGCUUCAGUUAACCUUGAUCAAGAUGAUGCUUGCCAAACUGCAACUGCAAGAGGUGGCUACUGGAAUAAAACAGAAAUACCUUGAGAUCCUGAGAAUCCUGGAAGAAGCGAACAUUGUCUCUGAAUUAAUUUAUCUGUUACGUAGUUCAGAGAAACAGCUCUCUCAUGUGGCUUCCAAAAGUUUGGUCUCCCUUGUGCAUUUUCAGCUAACAAAAGAUAAUUCAUUAAAUAGUGCCUGGCUUGCUUUUUGUUUAGAGACUUUAUCAGGAUUUCCCAGUAACAGUUGGAUAGCGGAAUGCCUCUGGACUUUGACAAAUAUAAUAAAAGAAAUUUUGAAAGAUGAUGACACGUGCAAAGAAGGUGACCUGAAGAAACUUCUUACUCCACUUGACACUGUACUUGAAAGCUUUUAUAGCUCCAUCCUUUCUUAUUAUUCCUCUGUCCCUCAAGAUGUUCCACUAUUUGCAAAAUCAACCAAUGACUUGAACGGCUUUCUUGAUCUCUUUGAGCUGCUUGUGGCUUCCAGGAUUCAAAUGCCACUCAACCUUGGAUGCCAGAGGAUAUUAUUUUUGAACUCUUACGGUAUCUGCUGCCUUACUACCUCACCUGUUCAUGAUUUAAUCAAGAAAAAAUCAAUCAUGUUGCUUAAAAAAUGCAUUCUUCACAAAGCUGGUGAAGACCUAAUUAAGAUAAAGGUGCUUCCUUCCUCUCACCAAGACCCUCACCUUGACAAUGAUAGACUAACAUUGGCUGAUACUGUACUACAAUUUGUGAAUUCUGGGUGGCUAGAUAGGUUGUCUACCAGUGGAAAUAUCAGCCAUUUUGAUGGUAGCAAAAUUGAACCUCAAGUACAUAUUAAUAGUAACUUUGAUCCGGUGACCUUCAGAUCCUUAAGCUUGCUUCUGCUUAAAGCGUUUGAGAUGAAGAUCCAGGAUUUUGCCUACAAAGCUGAACCACAAGUUCAUUUGGAGAACGUUAUGUGUGUACUCUUGGCGUUCUUAAAAAGUCAUUUGAGGUCUUCUGCCAGUAUCUGCUCAUUUGAACAUCCUUGCAUGUGGAUUUCUCUGUUUAUAGAGCAAGAUGAUGAGAUGGUGGAAGCUGCAAAAUCAUUAUUAGCAAUUUAUUUAAACUUGGAAAGGUUGUGGCAUGAUGUUAAUUUUACCUUGUGCCAUUUAGAUGAGGGAACCCAAGACACUUGGACACAUCAGAAUGGCUGUAAUCCCCACUGUAUCUUUUUAUUUCUGUUAAGGAGUAUUGCAUUUGAUGCCACGGUUCUUCUGGAUUUCCUGAUUUCAUCUGAAACCUGCUUCUUGGAAUACUUCGUACAAUAUUUAAAGCUUCUUGUAGAAGACUGGCACCAAUUUGUCAAAGUUUCCAAGUGCUUUAAAUUCACAGUUGGCAAAGAUCUCAGAAUUUGGGGGGAGAGCUUGUCCUGCCAGCAAAAAGAUGUCUGCAAGUCAGAUCUCACUAUGCAGAGCACUUCAUAUGAUACACAGACUUGUACUGAGGCCCUCUUGACCUCUUCGCUGAAUUUGUCUACACUCUGGCCGAGAGACAGUCAAGCUAUACAACCCAACAGGUCUGAUUUUUUAACAGCAUCUAAUAACCCACCUUUUCAGAAGCUGGUUGAUUAUGAUAGCUCAGAAGAUUCUGAGGUAGAAUGCGUAAGAGAAGAAUGUUUGACCGAGAUAGAACAAGUAACUUUAAAUAAUCAAACAUGUAAAAGUGAAGCAGUUCUUAAUGAUGAUAAUGCAGAAACCUCCAAGCAAAAUGUGUUACCUUUAAUCCAACAAGAUUUGAAUAUCUCAUCAUCCUCUUGCUGCAAGAUACCCCCAAAUAAAUUUGAAUUAACAGAUGAAAUUUUUCAGAAAGCAACUGUAUGUUUCCAACAAUUGCAAAAGUCAAUUUCUAGGCUACAUGCAAGAAAUCUCUUUCCAUACAAUCCAAAUGCACUCUUAAGGCUCUUGAACCAAGUUAACAUAAUUAAUAAAGAUCACAGAUCUGCUUGAGACUAGUCAGAAUCUAAAGAAAUAAAGUAUUCUAGGCUAACCUCAUUCAUUUGUUAUCAUUUGAAAGAAUGUUUCUGGAAAAUUAAUAUGUACCGAAAUAUGUGGCCCAAAUGCAUUAUUUGGGAUUACACUAUAUGUUGUUUAUGAAUUGUCUACCUGAUAAAAAACACUGUACCUACAAAUCCCUUGACAUGUUUAACUCUGAAAUGGUUCACCAGGGGGAUACAAUUUUGUCUCUGCUAUGUGUGAUUUUCCUUUAGGGUUUUCUUAUGCAGUAAAGAUCUACAUUUUAUUUCUGGCACCUUGCUCAGUCUGAAAUAAUUCUGAUAUGAAGGAUAUGUGUCCUUAGCAGAGAGAAUUAGUUGCUGCUUUUAAAAAGAAGAUAGAAUAGCUCUGUCUUCCCAUACAGAAGAAAGGAAAUUGUGGUCACAAUUGGAUGAAAUAAUUUAAAGUUUUAUGAAUCGGGGAAACAGGGCUAAAGGGGAAGAGAUCUGACUUUUAUAGGGUUUUUUUCUUUCUUUCCAAAAAUGGGUCAUAAGAGUAUUCAACCUCUUACCGGCAUAUGCUCUAGUAUGUUAUAUUGCUUGUUAUAAACUGAACAACUUAAGAACUUGGGCCAUAUUAUUCAACAGCCUACUUUUUUGCAGGUAGAGGUAGCUAGAACUGACUUCCUUAAUUAUUCUGGGUGGCUUACAAAAUACAGUAAAAAUGUCAAUAUACAAAAGAUAGGCCUGAGACAAUAAGUCUAUUUUUGGGACCCUUCUAAACUGCAGUAAGAAAGUGGCUCGCUUGAACUUCAAUAGCAGUUUGUUCCAUGACGAUGGGCUUUGCCAUGGAGAAAGCUAAACUGGACAUUAAUGUUAACAAGGGCCUGUACAAGGUGCCUUAUUGAUGCAUGAGAUGGGCUGGGCUGUAUGGAGUACAUGGUGCUAUAGGUAGCUUAGGCAUAAAUGUAUAAGGUUUACUAUACUAUGAGCAGUUUGAAUUGAAUUCAGAAGGUAACUAGCAACCAGUAAAGCUGUUUCAUGUUGAGGGUAAUGCAAGUACUGCCACGUUCUCGGCCAGCUACAAUUUCCUCUUCAAGGGCUAACCCCCGAACAGCACGUUGCAGUAAUUCAGUUUUGAGAUCACAGUACUGCAUAUGAGUCACUGAGAGGUCCAGUGAGCUCACCUACACGAUCUCCAGAGCAUCUUCCCCACUUUGGAUCCAAAUCAUCCCUGCUUCUUCCAGUGCUGGGCAAAUACUUUUACUUUACUAUUUUAAAUGUGUUCAUUUAAAGGUAUGUUGCAUAUACUUAAUUUGCCAUUUGUUUUGUUGUCUUUAUAUUGUAUGUUUCAUUACAGCUUCAGCAUUGCAGAUUUUAUACCGUUAAUUUAAUUUGUUAAGGAAAUUCUGUGUUGAAGGCCACUGUCAGACACCUUGCAUAUUUCUUUGAAUAAAGUAUCCAAUUGAUUUUGAUAAA